GCGUCGGGACAUGCAUUUGCGACUUUCGCGAAGGCCGAAUCCGUUUUGGCGGUGCAUCGGCGCCGCCGCGCAACCGUCAAGUCGCAACGGUCAAUCUUUCGAACGAUUUUUUGAAUUUCGAAGCCUUUUGUCGUUUCACUUGAAAUUUUCAGAGAAAUUUAGAAAUGUAUAAUAAUUUUGAUGUUUAUGCUAUUCACUUUAUAUAAAUAAAGUACUUUUGCAAGAAAAAAUACCUGCAAUGUAUUUUCUUAUUCCGCCCAGAAGUUUUUACAAGUAUUUGAAAAUGCGCUGUUACCAUUACUUUUAGAGCAUCGAAAAGAGAGAAUUUAUUUAUCAACAUGAUGAAUCCGCCAACUUAAACGUAUUAAAUCAUUUCUAUUCGAAGAUUAAAGGAUCCCGCCAUACAUCAUUUGAUGCGUUCCUGAACUCAUCGCUCUUUACGUAAAAUCGGCGACAUCCCAGAGUUUUGAUCACGUUGUGGUUCCCAUGUGUUUUCAACUAACCUCUAAAACAGAACAAGCUAACGUGUCUUCUUGUCUCGAAAAACAAUAUUUUGUUAGUUAAAAUUGUGUUGAAUUUACAACGGUAAAUAAAAUGAAGCUCAAAAAAGGCAAAGCGGUGGAGAAGAUGGCAAAGAAGCGCAUGGCAAAGAAAAAGAAAAAAAGUAUGGCUGAGAUCUCUACAGAUGAGUUUUUCAAUCAAGAUUUUGAAAACAUGGACCUUAGCGAUGCUGAGGAUGAAGAGUUAGAACAGGAGAAACAGCCAGUGGAAGCAGCAAAGACAUUAAAGAAAAGCAAAAAGAAAACUGUCAAAAAAAGAGAGCCAAAAGCAUCUACAUCCAAAGCAGCAGAAGAUGAUUCUGACAGUGGAGAAAGUAAUUUAGAUCCAAAAGAGCACAAAAAAGCUUUGAUGAAUCUGCAGGAUACAGAUCCAGAGUUUUUCAAAUAUUUGAAAGAGAAUGAUAAGCGACUCUUGGAUUUCAACAUUGAUGAUGAUGGUGACAAUAUGUCCGAAGCUGAUGAAGAAAGUAAGGUGCAUGUUCCAACUAUAGAUGAAUUGGAGAUUGGAAGUGAUGAAUCCGAUUACGAAGCCGAAGGUGUGGAGAAAUCAGAACACUCUGGUGAUCAAAUAAAAGUGACUUUGAAAUUAAUCAAAACUUGGCAACAAGAAAUACAGGAAGACAAGACUUCAAAAACUAUGAGAAGUGUUGUGGAAGCUUUUCAUGCAGCCCUGGAGUCUAUAAACAAUUCUGAAUAUCAAACCACGCAAUAUAAAGUCGAAGGAGGAGCAGUCUUUAAUGGCAUUGUUCAGCUUUGCAUGCUCCUACUGCCAGAUGCCUUUAAAAGAUUCUUAAAGCUUGGUGAUGAACCUGAUUUUGAAGCUCACAAAGCCAAAAGGUUUCCAAAAAUCAAAGGUCUUAUUAAAUCUUACUUGUCUGAUCUUAUUAAGGUUUUUGAUAAUGUAUCAUCCCCACACAUCAUCACACCUCUUUUAAAACACUUGAACCAUCUCAUUCCCUACACACACUCUUUCUCUUCAUUACGCAAGCCUUUACUGCGUAUUUUAUUGAAGUUCUGGUCCACUGCAGAAGAUGAAACUGUCAGAGUAGUAGCAUUCUUAUGUAUUGUUAAAAUUGUAUCAAACCAAAAUACAGCACUUUUGAAUAGUGUACUGAAGACAAUGUACAUUAAGUACGUUGAAAACUCCAAAUUCGUUUCACCUACGACUUUACCAGGAAUUAAUUUCAUGCGACGUUCUCUCACUGAAAUGUACCUGAUUGACGAGGAUUGCUCUUAUUUCCAUGCCUUCUUAUACGUUAGACAACUAGCGAUCCACUUGCGAAAUGCUCUGACGUUGAAGAAAAAAGAAAACUUUCAAAUGGUGUACAACUGGCAGUAUAUCAACUCUCUGUGGUUUUGGUCAGAGCUUGUUCCCAGAGCAAAGAAGCAGUCUUUACUGCGUCAGUUAAUAUAUCCAAUUGUCCAAAUAACCAUUGGAGUAAUAAAACUAAUACCAACUGCGUACUACUACCCACUAAGGUUUCACUGUGUAAAAAUGAUGAUUAACAUGUCUAGAGAAGCUAAUGUAUUCAUUCCGUCGUUGCCGUUCCUUGUUGAGAUAUUGGAACUUUACGAUUUCAAUAAAGGAAACAAGGCCGUUUCAAUGAAACCUAUUUCGCUUAUGUGUAUGCUCCGAGUAUCGAAGAGUCAAGCGCAAGCACACGGAUACAAGGACGCCAUUAUCGAAAACGUAUACGAGCUCAUUUUGGAGAGCGCCGCGAAAGACAGUCACAACAUAUACUUUACAGACAUGUACGUUGUCUGCAUGGUCGAGCUGAAGAAUUUCCUAAAGAAAUGUAACGUGGCGAAUUACUGCCGAAAAAUGAAGCAGCUACUGACUAAGAUCGAGGAAAGUUGCAAAUUCCUUGACACCGAGCGGUCCAAGCGGACGUUCGACCUGUUCGAUCUUGCGGACGUGGAGCUCUGGGAAAACAAGAUAAAAGAGUCCGGUACACCUGUUAGCAAGUUCUACGAUAGUUGGAUCAAGGUACACCAGGCGCAGAAGCUGAAACUGCUCACGAAGAAUGACGAAAAUGCAGAUCCAAAGUUACCCACUCUCAAGAAGAAGUCAAAGAAGAGGCGCGACGACAGCGACGAAGACAGUGAUCUCGAGGUCCCCGUCGAGGAGAUGGAGAGGAGGCUAAAGAAGGACAAGAAACUUAAGAAACCCAAAAAGAAGGUGAAAUUAACGAAUGACGAAGACAUGGAAGUCGACGCGGACCACAACGAUAUCGUGCAAGAUAUAAAGAACGGAGACUGGGACUGAGGGUCCGUUUGUCCCUGGAUGUACAGAUAUAGUUUGUAAAAAGUUUUAUGGCGUCAGUUGAACUGUACAGAGUUUUUUUAUAAAUUCAAAGCUUAUAUUUUUAAUUUUCCGAUCACUGAUUAUUUUUAGAAAUUGUGUAUCUAUCGCCUUGUUUAUUUUGUAAUCUUACAAACAAGAUAAGAUUAAUAAAAAUCUAAAA